AAAGAAACUAAUUACUUUGACGUCCUUUGAUUCGAAUCUUUGGCGCUCUCGGGGAAAUUUCUCUGGUGUCUAACAGGGAGCGGAGGAGUGGCAAAUCGUGGAAGGCGUGGAUUGAGUACGAAACCUCAAAGCAUUUGCUAUUUCCAUGUUCAUCAUGAGCAGCCUCCUGACAACUAUUUACGAUAUUGCGCCAUGUAUAUCGACAGCACAGGUGCUUGGGCUCGAAUUACCAAGUGCAGAUGCGCUAUGGGAAGCACCCGAUGAGAGGCAAUGGCUUGACCUGCAAAAUUCAACGACUGCUCAACUCCCCCGCUUGGAGUUAAAAGAUGUGAUAACCCCCUUUGACUUCCGGCCAGGGGACUCAGAGGAUGGAACGAACUGA